CAUUGCGCAGCAGACGACGACAGAGUAAGGGAUAACAGUCAGCUCCAGGCGUCCCAGAACCACGCAAGUGACCACACAAGUGACCACACAUCAUGUUUUUCAACAACCUGUGCCUUUUGACGUUAUUCCUUGGUGGCAGCUUGGCGUGUACCAGUGACCCCAGAUGUACAGCCCUGAAUGUGGACGCCAACACAGCCAGAACAGAGAACAACCAGGAACUGUACUGUCAGUUAACCAGCAGAACCAUUGCCUGCUACUCCAGCGACUACGUCAACUGCGACAACAACACCGAGCUGCUGGACGCCAUGAAAGAGAAAUACUACCGAGACUGUCAGGUGACAAAGGAAGAGGUUCGAGCCUGCGGUAGCAGGAUUAUGAGCUGCUAUCCCUUGAUGACGGACGCUUCAAAUCUACUUCAGAAAAUGAACAUAUCUGGCUACUGCACGUCCAUGGAGACAUUCCUCCGUUGCGUGGAGUUCAAAAUUAAGGACUGUGCCAAAAGCGUCACCUUGUUCGACGUGCUGGGAGGCGUUUAUACAUCCUACGAUAGGUUUUGUAGCACAGUGAAUAGCAAUGACAAGAAAACUAUAUGCACCGGCAAGCUUCACACAGCAGGAUGUGCAGCCUCAAUGCCGGGCAUAUCAGCAGCUUUGGAAUCAUAUAACGUUACUUUAUACUGCAGGCUAAUGGGGGAGUACAUGGGCUGCUUCGACACAACGUUUGCUACAUGCGACCCGAGUCUGAAUCGGAGCAGCUUCGUGUCAGGGGUGGAGGACUCGUACAAGACACUGUGUAAAGGUAACCCUGUAGAAAUGUGCCAGGUGAAGGUUCAGAGUUGCAUGCCACAGUUGUCUGAGGUCCUCAACAAGACAACCCAGCCGUCUGACUACUGCAGUGGUGUGAGAUCCUACAUGGACUGUGUGGACCAGCUGCUGCCUCUGUGCGACCCAGCCGUCACCCGGUCUCAGGUCAUCGGAGAGGUGGAGCAGGGAUACACAAUGGCUUGCCACAUGGUCGAUUGCCCCUCCGUGUAUACCUGCACCAAGAACAUGUCCUCCUCCACACCAGAAGCACCGACUGUGCCAGACCUCCUGAAGAGUUGUGCGGUGAUGACGGACACCAUGGCAUGCAUGCACGAAGAGUUAGCUAAGUGCAACAUCUCCUCCCCCAGAGACUACACCUUCGACGAAGUUGGCGGCCUCUAUAACGCUACCUGUCGAACCCUGACGUCCGAUGUAGAGUUGGUUGCCUGUCCAGAAAUGGCGUCUUGUAUGGAUACGAUGAUUGUGCCAACUGAUCUCAACUCAUUCGUCCCUCUCUUCAUAGACCCGCGCUUCUGGUGCUCCAUGCUGAAGAGCACUGUAACGUGCGCUGACAGUGUGAAACAUUGUACCGCCAACAAGGCAGGACAUGGCGUGUCACUCUCCAAUAUAAACGAGCUGUGCCCGGAAGCUGAGUUACGCGUGACGCCAAACAGAGGGAGCACUGCAGGAGGUGGCCUGUUAACAGCAGUGAUGGUUAUGAUGUCGUUCCUGCUCUACAUAUUGGACUGAAGGACGUCCAGGACAACGUUCACGCUAAAAAACAAAGAAUCUACUCAUUUCAUAGUUACAUAAGUCAUUAGAGCUCCUCUGGAAAAUUUAGUAUUAAUUGAAAUUACUGGCCUUUUGUGUGAAAUAAAUCGAUCUCCCUUGUA